AUGUAUAUACUAUUCACCCUCACAAUUGUAUUACUCGGCACAAUAAAUUGUUACAAGCACAGCAAGUAUUUAACAAAAAGCUUGGACUCAGAGCCCUCGUUAUCAAUACUGUACGCCCGAGACAAGAAAAGUGACAUGAUCACUAAUGAAUGCCUCAUGGAAAUGUACCCACGGAAUUUGUAUAAGUACCCCUUACACAUAGACAGGAACGACAUACCGUGCAUCAUACAUUGUGUGUUAAAAAAGUUCGGCAUCAUGUCCAAUGAUGGUAUUAUAAACAUAAGGAACUACUACAGACGGGUGCAAGCCAUCCAUCGAUACGAUCCAAGGGUUUUGAUAUCGGAUGUUGGAGAGACUUGCGCACAAAAUAUUAACGGCAUGAAUUUGGACCAUGACGUCUGCAAGAAGGCGAAAGUAUUUAACGAUUGUACGCAGCUAUAUGUGAUAUCAUAUAAAGAUCUGGAAGAUUGA